UAGAAUUACAAAAUCUAUCCGCACUCAAGUAUUAUUAUAAAACCUAAAUUGGUCUAUAGGGCUAAACCGAAAACAUUUGUUCCAAACUCAAAACAUUCAUGCCUAAUUUUCAGAAACAGAGUUGUCCGUAUGAGCUCUGUUUUCCCUGGACCAAGAUUCUUGUCCUUGUUACACCGAAACUCAAAAACCCUAAUUCAAGCUAAGCAACUCCAUGGUCAACUCGUGAUUCACGGCUGCCGAGACAACUCUCUCCUCGGCAAACUCAUAGGCCAUUACUGUUCGAAGCAAUCUACAGAAAGCUCCAAGCUUGCUCAUUCACUAGUGUUCCCUCGAUAUAGUAAUCCUGACAAGUUUCUCUUCAACACAUUGCUUAAAUGCAGCAACCCAGAAGACUCUAUACGGAUCUUCACCAACUGGGUAUCAAAAAGUUCGUUGCUUUAUCUCAACGAGCGCACGUUCGUCUUCCUCCUCGGCGCUUGCGCCAGGUCAGGUUCUUCUUCGCGGGUCGGGAGGAUUGUUCACGGGAUGGUGAUGAAGCUUGGGUUUCUCUAUAACUCUGAGUUGAUUGGAACCACUUUACUCCAUUUCUAUGCUAAGCAUGGGGAUUUACGUUAUGCGAGGAAGGUGUUCGAUGAAAUGCCUGAGAGAACUUCUGUUACAUGGAACGCAAUGAUCGGAGGGUAUUGUUCGCAUAAGGACAAAGGGAAUCACAAUGCGAGAAAAGGGAUGAUUCUGUUUCGGAGAUUCUCUUGUUGUGGUGAUGGAGUUAGUAGACCUACUGAUACGACCAUGGUUUGUGUUCUUUCAGCCAUCUCUCAGAUGGGUUUGCUUGAAGCGGGUGCUCUUGUUCAUGGGUACAUAGAGAAACUUGGGUUUACACCCGAAGUUGAUGUCUUUAUCGGUACUGGACUUGUAGACAUGUACUCGAAAUGCGGCUGCUUGAACAGCGCUAUCUCUGUGUUCGAGCUAAUGAGAGCGAAGAAUGUCUUGACAUGGACCUCGAUGGCGACAGGGCUAGCUCUCAACGGAAGGGGGAACGAAACACCGAGUCUUCUAAACCGAAUGGCGGAGUCUGGUAUCAAACCAAACGAAGUAACUUUCACUAGUUUGCUUUCGGCUUACCGUCAUAACGGUCUUGUUCAAGAAGGGCUGGAGUUGUUUCGGAGCAUGAGGACAAGGUUUGGUGUCACUCCGGUGAUUCAACACUAUGGAUGCAUAGUGGAUCUUCUCGGCAAAGCAGGGCGGUUACAAGAAGCGUAUGAGUUUGUGUUAGCUAUGCCUAUUAAACCGGAUGCUAUCAUGUUGAGAAGUCUAUGCAAUGCCUGCAGCAUCUAUGGAGAGACUGUAUUGGGUGAAGAGAUCGGAAAAGCUCUUACCGAGAUGGAACAAGAGGAAAAGGGUUCUGACUGCGAAGAUUAUGUUGCUUUGUCUAAUGUGUUAGCUUCUAAAGGGAAAUGGGUAGAGGUAGAGAAGCUGAGGGAUGAGAUGAAAGAAAGAAGGAUCAGAACAAGACCUGGUUACAGCUUUGUUUAGACAUAAUCAGAAACUAAUUCGCAGUUCCAAGUUCAUUAAGUACAAUAUUUUACAUUA